AUGGGAGCUUCUUCUAAGCAGGAUCGAUUGAAGGAUGUGAAGUUUAAGCCUCCUGAUAGAGGCUUCGACUACUAUCUAUCCUGCCCAACGAAAGCCAAGUGCUACUGGAGCUGUUGUGUCGGAAUCGGGAAAGCGGAGUGGAAAUUAGAGGGUAUGCGUAAAGCUAGGAAGCCUAAUCGAGGCAAUUCUCUUUUCAGAACUCCUAUGGAUGCUGAGGAUUACUAUAUGGAUGAUGUUACAAAAGAAGAAAAGGAGGAUGCAUCAGAAUCUGAUGGUGUGUGGGAAUUUGAUUCUAGUACUUCUAGGGUUGCUUGUCAAGCUUCGAUCAAGGGUUCUAGUUCCAAUGUUAUGGAUGAAGUGACCAAGGAUUUGCCUCCGAGCAUUCAAGAGGAUUCCAUUCCUUCAGAUAACACUGCAAACCUAUCUAAGCAUUGGGAAAUUCCUAAGGAUGCGAUUAGUAAGGAGAUGAAUAAGGAGGAAAAGGGGAUGGAUGAUACAGAGAAUGAGUUUAUACCUGGUAUUGGGAUUAAUUUUCUAAGUGAUGAGACUAUGGAAAAGGAGAAUUCAGUUGAGAAUAAUGGUGAUUUAGAUAAUCUGAACAAGUCUUAUAAAUGGGAUGAUAGUAGUAAUUUGGUGGUUGAUAAUGAUGUUGAUUUGAGUAAAGAAGAAGGGGAGAUCAAGGAUAACGGUCCACAUAAUUUAAGCUCUGAUAUGCAUUUGUCUUUGAAGAAGACUGCCACGGUUAUUAAUAGCAUCAACCUGGAGCCUUCUAUUCUAGGUGAUGCUAGUAAGGGAAGGCAAGAUAUGGAUGCUUCAAAUUAUAAAGGAGAGAAAAUUUUGAUUGAUAUUAAGGAUAAAGUUGGUUCUGGUCAGAAUAUAUCAUAUGCUAGAGCUCUAAAUGGUAGAACUCAUAAAGGGAAGUUGCAAGUUAAGUUUAUUCCUCCAAUUGAUGGAUCUGAUGAGGGGCCUGUUGUUUUGCCAGUUGAGAAUCUGAAGAAGGCAAGUAUUCCUUUUAUGAAUACCUUGUAUGGUUAUUUGCUUGACAAGAAGAUUGGAUUUCUAGUGAUUAGUGCAGAAGUUAGGAAAAUGUGGAAGAAUAUGGGUCUUGAAGAUCGGUGGCAACCGGGGUUGGCUCUCACUAAGGACUCCCAUAAAAGUGUACCUGUUUGGAUCAAGAUUUUUGAUCUUCCAUUGGAAGCGCGGGGUGCUGAGAAUCUUUGCAUCAUUGCUAGUAAGAUUGGUAUUCCUCUGGCUUUUGAUUCUAUUAUAGAAGAUAUGUGUAUUGAGCACAAAGGGAGAAAUGUGUAUGCGAGGAUCCUAGUUGAUAUGUCGGCUGAUAAAUAG